GCUGUCACGCUUGGAAUUAUACUUCACAUUUUACAAUAAUCAAAACUACUAGCUAAUAUUAAAUAAAUAAUAAAAAAUUUGUGUUGAAAAUGGAAGAUCAUAAAUGUGCAAUUUGUGAUGAAAUUCAUUAUCAAUCCAAAGACAAUAAGCGUCCAAAAAAAGUAAACAAAGCUCCUGUUGGAGCAUCCAUGAAAAAUACAUUAAUAAAAAAAAGUAAAAAUAAAAACGAUGGAAAAUGGGAAAAGUGGCAAAAUGAAGAUAUUUAUAUACACGAAAAUUGUCGUGCUUUAUAUUACAAGGACCCAAGAAAAAUGUCUCUAAGUUCAGCUGAAGUACCAUCAGAUACAUCUACAACAACAUUUUCAAUUUUUGACAGUUCAACGGAUGAUGAACAUGACAAUGACUUUGAUUUCAAAGUAUCAUGUAUUUUUUGUGCUAAAAAAUGGAGUUCUCAAGAAGGCCAAAUAGUUCAACGUUCAUAUCAAAAUAAACGUAUUCUUGAUGUAGUCCAAACUUGUCAUGAAAGUUCAAUUGUAAAAAUACGUUUGCAUAAUGUGACUUCAUUGAUUGACUUGAAUGCUAGAUACCAUGAUAAAUGUUACGAAUUUUUUUUGAUUAAUACUUCUUUGGCUGUACCAACUUCUUCAAAACGUUCACUUGAUUUUGAGGCUGAAGAAAUGUAUAAUAAAGUAUAUGAGCGUAUUGAAGCUGGUGGUAGUGAGCCUAUAUUAUCAUCUGAAUUGAAAAAAAUUAUGGGAGAACAUUUUCCUGAUACACGAACGUUUUACAAAAAACUAAAAUGUAAAUACAAUGAUGAUAUUCUUUUUUUAAAACAUGCAGGUCAAGAGACUCAGAUUUUUUACAAAAAUUUUAAUUUACCUCAAAUAGCUAGUAACUGGCUUUGUGGAAAAAAUAUGAAUGAUCAUCAAAAAAAAUUCAUUGUGGACAUAGCAGCUGAUAUAAUAAAUACUGAAAUAAAGUUGAAAAACUAUAAUACCGAGUCUUACAAACCACCAGGAAAUUUUUUAGACACUGUAAGGGAUGAUAUUCCCAUACUAUUAUUCUCUUUUUUAACACGAUUAAUUUGUGGCAAGAAAAAUAAACAAAAACAACAUCAAAUCAACAGUAUUUUAACCAUUGCUCACAUGAUAAUUUCUGCUAUCAAAACACUUAAUUUCAUAUCUUAUCUUCAAUUGGCUAUUGGCACUUAUGUACUCCGAAAAACAGGAUCUAAACUAAUUAUUGAUAUUUUAUCAUCACUAGGUGUUUGUCCUUCAUAUUACCAUUUAAGGCUGUAUGAAGCAUCUGUUUUACUUGAUCCACCUAAAUUGAUUAUCAAUGAAGCAUAUUCGCAAUAUGUAUUUGACAAUACUGACCAUAAUGUAAUAACAAUUGAUGGUCACAAAACUUUUCAUUGCUUGGGUGGUAUUUGGGUAUUAACACCAGACCAUGAAGUAUCUCUUGAAGGUGAAUCAAAAAAAUUAUCAAAGAUGCCACCUUCAAGUCAAAUAGCUUCAGUUAACGAAAUACCAGAUGUAAACUUACCAAUUGAUUGUAAAGGUAAUAUUGAUAAAAUAACUUUUGAAGAUACAAAUAAAUUAAACUUGGGUAAUUCAGAUUAUUUACCACUACAUUAUACAACAUAUUUAUGGUUGAAACACUUGAAUUUUAGUGGCAUACCAUCAUGGCAUGGCUUUUUAGAAAAAAUGUAUGGUGAGGAAAUAUCACACAGUACUUCUCGUGUCAUGUGUUUACCUUUCAUCAAUCAUAAAGCCACUGAAUAUUUAAGUAUUCAUACAGCUUUAACUUAUUCAAUCCAGCAAGCAAAAAAAAAUAAUCAAAUAAUAGUAUUCGUUACUUUUGAUUUGCCUUUGUAUAAAAUAGCUCGCGAUAUUUGUACUAGUUUACAAGAUACAGAUUUAAAGUAUGUUUAUGUGAGACUGGGAGGAUUUCAUAUGUUAAUGUCAUAUUUAGGUGGUAUUGGUAAUAUUAUGGAAGGCAGUGGUCUUAGUGAAUUAUGGAGUACUGUAUAUGCUCCAAAAUCAGUCAAGCAUUUGUUAGCUGGCCAUGCUUUUACAAGAUCUGUAAGAGCAAAUAUUUUAACAUACACAGCUCUUGGUCACUUGAUAUGUGAACAAAUAGAUAAAGAUAAAGUGAAAGAAUUAAAAGAUUAUCUCAAUGAACUUUUUAAUGAUAUUGAUCAAGACCCUUACAAUGGUCCUUAUAUAGGUGAUUGUAAUUCUGAUGAUAAUAUUUGCAAGAUGAAUGAAAAAUUCAUUCAGGAAUUGAAGCGAUUAAAAUAUUAUGGGCCAACUGCCAAACUGUGGAUACAGUAUUUUGAAUGUAUAACAAUCAUGCUUCAAUAUAUAGAAGCUGAACGCACAGGCAAUUGGAUGCUUUAUCUACAGAGUGUUAAAAAAAUGCUUCCACUAUUCCAUGCUUCUGGUCAUUUUUUGUAUGCACGAUGUGCUCAACUUUACCUUCAAGACAUGGCGUCUUUAGAAAAAAAUAUGACAGUAGAAGAAUAUAAUAAAUUUACUCGUGAUGGUUAUUUUACAGUUCAUAGAACAGAUAAAUGUUUUAAUGCAGUAUGGACUGAUAUGUCAAUAGAACAGACUCUUAACCGUUUCUUCGGUACUGAUCUUGUACAUGGCCGAGGAGUCACAGAUAGUGUUAUCUCGAGAUACUUGGGUGCCAUGCCUACUUGUUACAUGAUAAUGGAAAAUUUAGAAGAUUUUUGUAAUGUCAAAACUCAAAAUAGUGAGCAACAUAUUCAACUUUUAAAAGCUAGAAUAAAGUUAGAUAAUGAUCAUCUUGAAAUAUUUAAAAGUUGGUUUACAAAACAUGAUUCUUUGAUACAAAGAACUUCAAUAGUAUCAUUGUCAACAGGUGUCAUGGGAGGAAGUGAAAUAAAUUGUUAUGAAGCAAUAAAAAAAGGUGAAGAAAAUAUGGUCAAUAUGAUUGGCGAAAAUUCUAAAACAUUUUCAUUUAAUAGAUUAAUGCUAGUAAAAAAUUUAGCUUCAGCUAAAAAAAGAGCACAUUUAUCAGGUAAACAUGAAUCAGUUGACCCAUUAGAAUUUUUUAGAGUAAUUUCAAGUUCAUUACAAAAGUUACCUGCAUCUGGAUUGAAAAAUAUACUCAAACAUGAACUAUCUCCUUAUCCUUUAUCAUUAUUUAAUAAAAAAGGCUUCAUGAGACAGUGUGAUCAAAAUAUUUAUGAUAUUAUUAAAAAAACUUAUAAUUUUGUUGAUAAUUUUGUCCAUGAUUUGACAAUUAUACUUGAUGGAGAUUUUCUAUUAGAUGCUGUGUCUUCAUGGCCUCAAUGCAGAACUUUUAAAAUAAUUUGUGAUUUGUAUUUAGACUACAUAAAAAAAAAAUUUAAUUCUCAAAUUGAAAUGAAACGUUUAUACAUAGUUUUUCAUCUUUACCAUAAUGAAGUAUGUGGUGUAAAAUCAUAUAACCAACUACGUCAAAGUGAAAAAAGUAUCGCUGCUGAUUUUGACCUUGAUUAUGAUGCUCUAUGUUCAAUGACAAAAAAACAGUUUCUCUCAAACGUAUGCAAUAAGCAGAAAUUCGUUUUAAUGCUACAAGAAUAUUUAAAAAAUACAGCAAAUGUCAGAAUGGUAGAUGAAGAUUGUACUGAAGCAAUUGUUAAAGAAGCAGUUCAACUUGCUACUCAAUAUAGUAAUCCAGUUGGGGUUGUUACUAAUAACGUUGAACCGUUACUUUUACUUAUAACACAAUGUCCUACGUCUUUGAGACGGUAUAUUUAUUAUUGCAAGUACAAUCAUGAGGGUAAACCAAUGGAAAUAAACCCAAUAUAUUUGUUUGAUGAUUGUCGUUCAUUUAUACUGUUUUGUCAUGUGUUUGGUGGUUGUGAAUCAACAAGUGGUAUUUAUUCAAAGAAAAAAAAAACAAUACUGAACUUUCUUUAAAAAAAUCCUGAUAUACUAGACACUGUACAAUUAUUUUAUAAACCAAACAGCUCUGUGUUUAAUAUUUGUGAAGCCACUGAGAGAAUUUUCGUAUGCUUGUACAACACAGGAAAAACACAAUCAUCAAUUGAUGAAUUAAGAUACACUCAAUUUACAAAAUUGCAACACAAUCCAUCAGUUGAGCAACGGUUAGCCUCGUUACCUCCAAGCAAAUCAGCAGCUCAUGAACAUGGUAAACGAGUUUAUUACCAAAUGCAAACUUGGUUGGGUAACUCUCUAGAGCUAGUACAAUGGGGAUGGAAAAGAUAUCAAAUGACUUUGAUUCCAAUCAUGACUGAUGAACCACCAGCCCCUGAACAACUAUGUGAAAUGAUAUCUUGUGGGUGCACUAUGAAAUGCCAAACUACAAAAUGUAAAUGUAAAAAAACUGGUUUACCAUGUUCAACAAGAUGUAAAGGUUGUCAAGGUAUUGGAUGUGCCAAUGCUUCAAACAACUGUAACAUAUUUUUAACUGAUAGAAAUGAAACAAAUGAACAUCUCGAGGAAGAUGAAGAAAGAGAUAAUGUAACAGUAACAGAUGAGGAACUUUGGGUAACAGAUAAAUCAGAUGUCUAUGGAGAAAUAAGAAGUGACAAUGAGACAAAUCAAAAACAAAGAUCAUGUUUCCAACUGAGAUGGAGUGAUAAUUAUUAUGAAGAUGAUAACAUUUAUGAUGAGCAAGAUAUUGGAUUUAUAAAUUUUUAACAUCCAAUACAUUUUGUU